CCGCCGGGAGGAAUUUUCGGGCUGCCAUUGUUACAAUCUAGCGACCGGGUCCGGCCGGGGCGAAACCGGUUCAAAGACCGUCUUCUCGCCCCAAAGACGGCCGCGACAAUUGACACCGGAAACGUGUGGCGAGCGAGAAGACGAAGAUCGACCCAGCGGACCGUUCCCCGGCCCAUUGAGUGUGGUGGAGGAGGCCAGCGAGGAGGUGGCGAAAAAGGACCACGACUAAAGAUGACAGUGGGCUUCUCCAUUUAAAAGCCCUUGUCAAGAGCAGGCAAAAACUUAACGAUUAAAAAAAUAUAUAUAUAAUACAGCGCGGAAAUAGACCCCAACUCCCUCCUGGUAACGUGACGACUCCUUUGAUAUCCGUUGAACUAUAUCCUAAAGAGGGCUGCGGUUCGGUUUUUUUUUUUUUUCCCCCAGCUCUACAGAACAAUGAGCCCAAGUAGCCUCCUCCAACCACAUCGAAGAAGUAGUACGCGUAGACAAUCACUUUAAAGUCUAUUGCUGCUGGUUCCGGCACCAGAAAGGCGUCUAACAGGGUGCUCAAUAUAACCCAUGAACACAAAGGAAGAGAAAAGAGCAACGAGCUGGUUGCAGUCAAGUUCCCCUUAGUGACCCAGACACAGUUUCCAUGGAGGCAGGUUCUUCCCUCAGCCUCAAACGACGAUAUGAAGAGGUGGACAACGGCUCUCCCUUUUCUACACCCAAAGACUCUGACGAUGAUAUCUCCAGCAGUGACAGCGCUGACAGCUGCGACAGCCUCAACCCAUCCUCCAGGACAGAAUUCACUCCCACCUCAAUCCUCAGACAGCACAAGCUGUCGCCUGGAAGCAAGAGGGUGCGUUUCGAUGCCGUUACAGUGUAUUAUUUCCCCCGGAGGCAGGGCUUCACGAGCGUGCCCAGCCAAGGGGGCAGCUCGUUGGGCAUGGCCCACAACCACUCCUCCAUCCGACGUUACACGCUGGGCGAGUUUGCUCGGGAGCAGGAGACCAGCCACCGACACACCUUACGCCAACACCUGCGCCAGGAGAAGCUCAACGCCCGCAAGCUGAAGCUGACCAGGAACGGCACGGUGGAGUGCGCCCAAGCCGAACUGCUUACUCUGGAUGACGUUUCGGAUGAGGACCUCGACGUGGACGCCGUGGAGGUGGACGACUGCUUCUUCCUUCAGCCGCUGCCCACCAAGCGGCGCAGAGCCCUUCUGCGAGCCUCUGGAAUCGCACGCAUCGACGCUCGGGAGAAAACGGAGCUCCGAGCCAUCCGCCUGUCCCGGGAGGAAUGUGGCUGCGACUGCCGUCUGUACUGCGACCCUCGACACUGCGGCUGCAGCCAGGCCGGCAUCAAAUGCCAGGUGGAUAGAAUGUCCUUCCCAUGCGGUUGCUCCAGAGAUGGUUGCGGAAAUUUAGCGGGCCGAGUCGAGUUCAACCCUCUUCGUGUCCGAACGCACUAUCUGCACACCAUCAUGAAGUUGGACCUGGAGAAGAGGAGGGUGCUGCUACAAGUGCCCGGGGAGACAUACGCCGAGUCGGACCGGGUGUCCUCCCCGUUCUCCGCAUCCCCGGGCUCGGAAGAGAGCGGGGUGCGUGCGUGUGUCUCGGAGGCGGAGGAGGACAUCCUUGAGCGGGAGAAUGAGACCGCCGUGUUGCACCUGCAGAGCGCCGAGGAACAGGAGAGACGGGAGAGGGAGGUGCGGGCAGAGGAGCCGCAAGUGGAGGAGGUACUCCUGCAGGGGCCUUUCCCGACUGGGACCGCCGUGCUCUGCAUCAACCAAGAGGAGGAGAGUCCUGCAGACCUUCUCAAAGACUCCGCCCCUCUCAACUACUAUCAACUCAGCUCCAUAGAGCCGGCCACUCUGGAGCCGACAGAGGAGGAGGUUCAAGAGGCCCCAGGGGACGAGCCUUUCCAAAGCGACCAAUCGAAGCUCGCCCAUCAUGAAGGGUGUCUCGAAGAAAGUGUGCAAGUAGCAGCGGUGACGGACCCGCUUCCUCCUGAUGUUUAGUCCGCGCUUCUCCGCAGAUGUUUUGCACAAAUAUAAACACACUUUGCAUUGAACUCAGUCGUGGAUGCUGGAAUGCAUGGAAGAUCAGGAGUCAUAUGCUGCCCUAUAUGCAGUCACAUGACUUUCAUUGUGAAUUGUGUUGGGGGUGGUGAACACAGCCUUAUGCAAAAAAAAAAAAAA